AUGCCUCCUACUACCACCCAAAUAAAUUUCUCCGAAACGACCCUCACGCACUACGCCGGCUUCUAUGCUACAGUCAUCGACGACGUCUUCAUACCAGAAGAGUGUCUGGAGCUCAUCUCCUUGGCCACUGCUUCCGGAUCCUGGAUACCCGCGGCCCUCAGCGCCGAAGGGCCUGUACAGACUGUUCACAGCAACUUCAGGAACAGCGAUCGGAUUCUGUAUGUCGAUGACGCUGUUUCGCAGAGGAUCUAUGAGAGGCUUCGGCCGUUCAUUGCAGAGGAUAUUGGAGAGAUCAAGGCAGGCAAUCGAUGGGAUGGGAUUACGGGCAAGAUGGGGCGGAAGCAGGGGCCUACCUGGAGGCUUGUAGGAGUUAACCCCCGUCUAAGCUUCCUCCGGUACGGCCCAGGGCACUACUUCAAGCAGCACUGCGACGGCCUGAACGAUCUCGUAUGCGACAACGGCCGUGUGCAUAAAUCCUUCGUCACCCUCCAUCUCUACCUCAACGGCUCGGACAGGCCCUUUUCCGACUCCAACGAUCCCGACACCAACACACCCUCUCCCUCUGACCUCAAAUUUGUGAAACUAGCAGAAGACGACCCCGACGAACCUCUCGCUGGGGGUGCGACACGUUUCUGGACCCCAGAUAAGAAGCAUUUCCUCGACGUCCUCCCGAGGGUGGGCAGGAUGCUGGUGUUCCAGCAAAGGAUGUUGGUGCAUAGCGGAGAAGAGGUGACGGCUGGGGUGAAAUACACGAUGAGGAGCGAUUUUAUGUUUUAA